GAGUUCAUUUAAAAGUUAAUGAGCGUGAUGCAGCUGUCUGACCGGAGAAAACAGGUAACGUUGCAGGAGAAAGUCACCGUGACCCGUCGACGUCAAAAAACGUGCAAAAAAAUAAAUCCAAAAAUACACAAUGAGUGAUUCAGAACAGCGACAAGAGGCUGAAAAGGUGUCUGAGCCUCAGUGGCCUGAGAAUGGAGGAGAGUGGAGCGAUGAGGAGGGCGAGGAGAAAAACAUGGACUGUGGGCUCCUGCAGGCCAUGGCUGAGGAAGAUGAGGAGAUAAACGUCUACAAUGAGGAGACGUUUGGAAUGGAUCUCGAUGCAAACGGCGCCACAGAGGACCCCGGCAGCGGCCUCCUUCCGUUUGGAGAGCCACCGCCUCCACCAGAACCUAAAUCUAAAGCCGACCCCAAACCAUCAUCCCGCCACAGCUCCCCCUCUCCUCCCAGACAGAGACCCCAGUAUCUGCCCCGCGCUCCCCCAGGGCGCCGUGGAAGAGGUCGCGGGCAGAGAGGAGGGCUGGGCAGGGGCCAGAUGUUUGAAGACCCAGCUGUGAUGAGGACGGUGGAGGGGCGACCAAGCCUCAAGAGCCUUGACAGCGCCAUAGUGGACUGUGGGAAUGCCAUGUACCAGAAAUCAUUCGAGGAUGAUUAUAUGGAACCCUCUUCCAGAAAGACUAGAAGAAUCUCAGGAUCAAUACUUCAGGACAGUGCUAUAGUGUGUGUGAUUGAUGGUCACAGAGGCAGAGGUCAGCACCUGACCUCCGACUUCCUGGGUUUGCCAUAUCCUGUCUCUUCCUUCAGGGGCAGGAGAGGGGAACCCAGAGGGUCCUACUCCAGAAGACAGUUUGGCCAAAGAAGCCCCUCUCAGAUGCAUGCAUCCCUGGCACCAGGAUCUCCCAUCUUCUCACGACAGCCAUUAACCCCACGGCAAUAUUACAAUCAGACAGGACGAUUCAUGUUUCCUACGAACCGGCCUUGUCCCUCCACUCCUCAGUCUCUGACGCCGAAAAUGAUGCAGCUUCGCUUUGGUGCCAACUCACCAAGGCCGUCCCUGUUUGACAGCCCCUCGUCUAAUCCAGUGCAGCAUUUCAGGUGCCCCGGUCCUGUCACCCAGCUCCACCCACAACAUAAACGGCUACUUAGUCAAAAACAACGCAUAUUCCAAAGAAAAUCAGACAGCUGGGAUCCUUACUGUAACCUCAUGACGGCCAAAGAGAAGGAGUGGAUCACCAGGUUGCAGAUGAUUCAGCUGCAAAGUGAGAAUCCGUACCACGAGGACUACUAUUACCAGGAGUACUAUCGGCGGAUAGAAGCUAAGAUGGCGGAGGAAGAGCUGGGCAUCAGGAGCAAGAGGGAGCCACCAAAGCUCACAACACCUUACAUCACGAAAACUGACGUUUAUGCACCAGUGGUGCACAUUGAAGGCUCUUUGGGUCAAGUUGCUGUGUCCACAUGUUACUCUCCUCGACGUGCCAUCAGCGCCGUUCAUGCAGUCCAAGCUCAGGGUCCUCAGGAGGAACAAAAAGACAUCCGACAACAGCGGUUAGUGGUCCUCAGCAAAAUAGAAAAGCUGUUCAUGGUUCUGUUGGAGGUUGAGGAGGCCGAGAGGAUGAAAACCAGCGUUUUGUCUGAAGCAGAAGAAAGAAGGUUGCUGGAGAAGUCACAGGGGAAAGUGGAGCAAAUCUACUCCCAGCUGCAACACCACAGUCCCCUAGAUUCAGGAGUGGAGUUUCUUCCUUUCCUGCUGGUCUCCAAAGGCAAAAGGCUACUCGCCCGUCUGCUCCCAUUCCUGAAACCUGAUGCAUCGCUGAAGAUCUUGAGCGUUGUGACCUCGAACCUUCCUACGCUGAUGAACAGAGAUCCAGAAGAGGCCCUUCCAGUGCUUUACCCGCCUCUUCGAAAUGUGAUUGGAGGUCUGUCGUUCAGUCAGCUAAUCGUUUUCCUCAAAGAUCUGACAUCAUCCGAGUCUCUGGCCACCUACGAGUCUCUGUCGCUGGCAUGUCAGAACAAGUUUGGACUGUCCUUGCUGUAUGCUCUGCUGUCCCAAGGAGAGAAGCUGCUGUCCUCAGGUGUUCCACUUGAGCCCAGCAUCGGAGACUUUGAGACCUGGACGGACACAAUAUUCCAGGUGGCGGGACAGCUGUCCCAGUGUUCCCUGGUGGAGCCGCUCCUCCUGCCCUCAAACCUGCUCACUCUCUUCUGUCGUUACCUGGACAAACGCACUGUGCAUCAGCUGAAAAGCAACAUGGAGUCUUCAACUGGAUUCCUGGCUCUUGCAUCUUAAGGUGGACGUAAGCUAACGAGACGUUCAACUAAUGACCAGGUUGUGAUGAGCACUAGCCCUGACAAAAACUCCUUAGUGUUCAUUAAUAAUAGAACAAUGUAAAUAUGCUUUAAUUUUUUUCCCUCUCUCCCUCAUCCCGUCACAUUUUUUCACACUAAAACUGUUUCCCUGUUUAUUUCCUUUUAUCUGAUCUUUUUACUUUCCUCUCUUUGGUCUCCAGUCGUUAUUCUGAAAUCACAAACCUGAUCUUUUUUUUGUUUUAACCUUCCAAAAUAAGGGUUUAUCAUUACCAUAAACAGAGUUGGUACCAUUACAUUAACUAGUAGACGAAGCUGAUUUACUCAUGUGUCUUCAGGACAAGAAACUAACUGAGAUAAAUGUAUUGAUCAGAUAUUGGUGACCAUGUGAGGAUUGUAUAGUAAUUUAUGACUGUACAGCUGAACCUAUAUGUUAAUUAUUAUACUAACCAUUAAGGAACCAUGCAAUUUUGUUUUUUUGUAAAAAGGCAUGCUUUGUGUAUACAUGUGUAGCAAUACUAAAUAUGAUGUAUUUGUAAUUUUUAUUUAUUACAUUAAUUUGGAAACGGUUAUAAUUUAUAUUGCACCCUUGUAGAGCACUUGCAACACAAAUAAAAAAAAUAUUUAAAAACG